UCAAUUAACCUGACGGCAUGUCUUUGGACUGUGGGAGGAAGCCGGAGAACCCGGAGGGAACCCACGCUGCCACGGGGAGAACAUGCAAACUCCACACAGAAGGACCGCCUCGACCGGGAAUUGAACCCACGGCCCUCUUUUUAUCGACGCCGGACAGUCACCGUUGACAUUGCCAGGAAGGCGGAGAGCAGCCCGCCGCUCCACCGGACCCGCCGCCGCUCCACCGGACCCGCCGCCGCGCCACCGGACACGCCGCCGCUCCUCAGCCCGGGACCCGGAGCCAUGUUCCGGCAGCCGCUGCUGUCCGCCGCGAGGACCGCGUCCAGGGCCGCGCGCGGAGCCGUGCGCGGGAAGGCGGCGCUUCAGGAAGCCGGUUCCUCCAGAGCACCUGAACGCCUCAGAGGCCUUCAAGGGACAUGUAGGAGGAUACACACCACCACACAGCUCUGCAACGUGAAGGAGGGGCGGCAGAACACGGAGGAGGAGGUGGGGGCCUUCACCAAGCUCAUCGAGGCCAUGGGCUUCACGGGGCCCCUCAAGUACAACAAAUGGAAGAUAAAGAUCGCCGCUCUGCGCAUGUACACCUGCUGCGUGGAGAGGAUCCACUACGACGACUUCUUUGACCGCUGCUGCCUCCCGGACACGCUGAACUCCUGGUUCCUGGUGGCCCAGCUGCACGUGUGGAUGUGUCUGGUGCGGAUGCGGCAGGAGGGCCGAGAGGGGAAGUACAUGUGUCAGUUCAUGGUCCACGCCAUGUGGGAGGACGUGGAGCAGAGGAGCAAGAUCAUGGGGAUCGACGCCCUCCACAGGAAGGAGGGCAUGAAGGCCAUGACGGAGACGUUCUACGCCGCCCUGUUUGGAUACGACGAGGGGAUCCUGUCCGACGACAGCGUGCUGGCUGCCGCGCUCUGGAGGAACCUGUUCAACUGUGAGUGUGAGGACCCCCAACAGCUGGAGCUCAUGGUGGGAUACGUACGCAAACAGGUGCAGUACGUUGAUUCUCUGGACGGAGACGACCUGCUUCUGACCGGAGAGGUGAAGUGGCGCCCCCUGGUGGAGGAGAACGCCCAGAGCAUCCUGAAGGUGGCCACGCCCACUUACAACGACACCGGGCUGUGAGGCCAGACGCCCCCUCCUCUUCAUCCUCUUCAUCCUCUCUUCUCACCCCCUCCUCUCUCCGUCAGAAGGAGAGAUUUUAAAUGUGUAGCCUUUCCUUUCUUCUCCUCUUCCUCAUAUUCUUCCUCUUCUUCCUCCUCCUCUUCUUCUGACACACACACACAGUGAACCAGCCAAUCCGACUGUAGGAACCUCCAAUGCUUCUUCAUUUUCUUCAUCCUCCUCGUCUUCCUCCUCGCUGUCGGUCUUGAGAGCCUCUUCCUCUUCUCUUCCUCCUCUCUUCCUUUCCUCUCCUCCUUUCUUCCCUCGCUCUGUGGAGAGAACAAGAAACUCUUAUUUAUGUUCCGCUGUAUUGAUAAAGUAUUUUGUAUACUCCAUGUUUACCCCCCCCCGAGGUCAUGUGACCUGAACAAACUGGUUCUCAGAAACAAUGAAAAACCUCACAGCCCCCCCUCUUUGUCUCUCUCUUUCUUUCUCUCUCUCUCCCCUCUCUCUCUCUCCUUCCUCUCUCUCUCCCCUCUCUCUCUCUCUCCUUCCUCUCUCUCUCCCCUCAAUCUCUCUCUCUCUUCUCUCUCUCUCUCUCCUUCCUCUCUCCUCUCUCUCUCCUUCCUCUCUCCUCUCUCUUCUCUCUCUCCUUCCUCUCUCUCUCCCCUCUCACUCUCUCUCUCCUUCCUUCCUCUCUCUCUCUCUCUCUCUCUCAGACCAAACAGGAAGUCGAGUUCUAAAACGCCGUCGCUGCAAUUCUAAAAUGAAAAUCUUGUUUUGUUUUUAAAGUGAAUAAUAAAUAAAUGUUAUGUUGAA